AUGGGAAAUCCACUUCUCAAGCUCUACUCGGUAGACAAAGAAAGCGCGAUAGACGGCGGCCGGUUUCUGCGGUGGACGAUCUAUCGUGGGCAUCAGAAGGAUCGUGUGUCUUCGGCGUCCUCCCUCGUCUCCCUCUUCUGCUUCGACAAGAAGGUCCUUUCUUCCGCACCGCUGUUGGGGUCUCCUGCCUUGCGCUCGGCGUUGCUCGCGCUGCUUCAGCAGGAAGCUCACCUUCUGCAGCGCCUGCGGCAUCCUCAGCUGCUUCAUCUUGUCCAGCCUCUCCAGGAAGACAAAAAUUCCCUUGUUUUUUGCACAAGACUCGUUGAGACGACUCUUCGCGAACAGCUCCUCGACCAGGUUGCCCCGCCUGCGAGCGCCGGCGGCUUUGGGGGGGGGCGCUUGGGGAACAGGUCCUACUCUGGGCCUGAGCCCGAUGGAACUGCGUCUUGUGGAGGUGAGGGGGGACUUGAUAGCUCCCCCUCAGGCGGGCGCCGGGCUCCGCUUUCUCUUUUAGAGAUCAAAUCGGGCCUCCUGGAUCUGGCUGAGGCCCUGCAGUUUCUCCACGUCGAUGCACAGCUCAUUCACCUCAAUGUGAAUCCGGACUCUGUCUUCUUCACGCCCAAGGGGCAAUGGCGGCUGGGGGGCCUUGGGUUCGCCCGGGAGGUCUCCGGAGACGGAGGGGCUGACAUGCUGGUUGACUGUGGAUUCUCGUUUGGGUCCGCUAGCGGGAGUGCGCAUGCGUCGGUGUCGGUGGUGCCGCCGCUCUACUACUCGGCGCCGGAGCUGGCUGCGAGUCAACCUGGGAAGUGCUGUCGGGCCUCCGACAUCUACUCGCUGGGCUUGCUCAUGGCGGAGGUGUUGCUCGGCCCUGUGCCCAGCUCCGGCGCGCGCCUUCUCAAGACGAACGAGUGGGACGUGAAUAGUCACCAGGCUCAGUGCCGACGACUCCUUCCCCUGCGCCCAAACAUGUUCGCCAGCUCGCCGUACUUCUCUUCUUCCUCCGCUGCGGGCUCGCUGCCCACGUUGAUGGCCCUCCUCUCUUCGAUGUUGAAUUCGGACCCUUCGCAGAGGCCUACCGUGGAGCAGUUUCUCCAGUCGCCGUUCUUUCAAGAUAUGAACAUGAGGGCCCUCCGCUUCCUCGAGGCCCUACAUGAGAAGGACGAGAGCCAGGAAAUUCAGUUCUUAAAGGGUUUUCUUCCACUCCUUCAGCAGCAGGAAGAAUUCCACCACGCCAGCCUUCUUCGGAAUCGGGUUCUCGGUCCGCUUCUGGAUGCUCUCGCCUUCCCGCCUCUCUACCCCUACGUCCUACCCAACCUUUGCUUCGUGAUCAAGCAGCUCGACGACCGGCCCUACUUCCAGUCGGAGGUGUGGCCGCGUGUCAGGCCCCUGCUCACAGCGCGGGAAAUUCAGAUCGAGUCUGUUCUGUUCCUCAUGAACGAGCUGGAGUACCUGAUGACGCAGUGCAGCGACGAGGCCAUUCAGCAGGACCUCCACCCGCUCAUUGUGAAGUGCAUGCAGAUUCAGGAGCCGCGCAUCCAAGAGGCCGUUUUGACUCGCCUCGCCAACGUCUACCAGAAGUUUGACUACACUUUGCUGCGCACCGCCGUCCUGCCGCGCGUGCUGGCACUCAUUCAGCAAGCAACGUCAUCGGCAGUGCGCAUCCAAGGCCUGGCGGCGGUGACUGCCAUGGCGGUCGCGUUCGACCGGUCGACUAUCGUGGAGCAGAUUGUCUCUGUCGUGCAGCAGGUCUGCGCGGCAGACAGGAGCGGAGUCGUGUGCGUAGCGGCAUGUACGACGCUGGACACGCUCGCCAAGCAAGUCGGCCUUAAAACGACCGCCGAGCGUCUCCUCCCUAUUUUGCUUCCGUUGCUCAUGGAGGAUCAACUCACAGCGGCGCAGUUCGACAUCGUCCACCGUACGGUGACUUCCCUUUUGAGCAAGGUCGAAGCGACUCGCCGGAAGCAGUUCGCCUUGCAGUUGGAGCAGGCGUCUGCAGUCGCGGCGGCGCUGCCUCCGUCAACUGCGGCGUCGUCGUUUUCUCCCGUAUUUCUAGAUGGAGGCCAGCGGCCAGGGUCCUCGGGGCUCUUCGACGGAAGCCACAACGCGGGGUCUCAGCCUCUGCCUUUCGAGGCCCUGCUCAUGUCUCCCUCGAGCGCGAGCGGCGCCAGGCAGGCCUCGCAGCCUCCUCCGCCGCCGCUUCCUCCUUCUCUUCCUCCGCCGUUUCCUCCAUCUCCGGCGCCCCCUGCGAUUCCUCCCACGUCUGCUUCUUCCUCUCUGUGUCCUUCGUUUGCGAGCUUCUCGGCUGCCGCCACGGCAGACGACCCCUUCUUGCUGGUCGCCUCCUCUGAGCUCGGGGCCUCGCCUCCUCUGCGGGCGGGCUCCGCGGCCACCCAGUCGACGGCGCCUGCUCAUCUCGGUCCUCUCUCGACGGCUGCGCGUGCGUCCGCGCCGCCUGCGGUCUCCUCGAGUCUCCUCUUCGCCGCCACGCGCUUGCCCUCCGACGGGGCGUGCCCGCUGGCCCCUCUGCCCAAACUUCCGGAGGAAAUCUUUGGCUCCCCCGCUGGAAACGCCGCGCCCUGGCAAGCAGCGCCGCCGCAGCGAGGCCCCCCUGUGCAGCCAGAAACGGGCGUCGCCAGCAGUUCUCCGCUAGCGCCUCCGGGCUUGACGGGGGCAGCGAACGACGUCGCGAAAGACAGUCACCUCGGCGGCGCGGCGCUGCAAAAUGGCGGCCGCACGAACCCGUGCAAGGAGUCGGGUUCCUCUCUGGAAGAUCUUCUCGGUGCAUCGUUUCCGUCGCCGCCAGUCUCGCGCGAGGCUCAGCUGCGAGACGCCUUUGCUGAUUUGCAUCCACCGUCAGCGUCCUCCUCCUCAAUGACUGCGCUGGCGCCGCGAGUCGAUCCUUUUGCCAAUCUGGACCCCCCUCCAACUUCGUCUGCUUCUCCGGCAGUGGUAUUCCCUCCUCUUUCCAACGGAGCGCCUAGUGCGGGCGCGGGUGGGUGUGGCGGAGGUCUGGAUCCGUUUGCAAGACUGGCGGGCGCGGGCCUGGGGUCCGCAGCGCCGGGGCCCGCUGUGGCGCCAUCGUCAGCCUCGUUGACGAACGCCUUUUCCCAGGGCAAUGCGUUUCUGGGGCAGGUGUCGGGAACCUCAGGCCUCGGAUCCUCCGCAAAAGUCGAUCCAUUUGCGAAUCUGUCGUCCUUGCGAAUGUAG